UAUCUAAUGCAGUACCCAUUCAAUACCGUCGUGAAAUUAUCUACUGGCUGUUCGGGAACUUUAAUCGGACAAAAAUAUGUGCUGACCGCUGCCCGGUGCGUUCAUGAUGGCGUGACGUAUAUAAAGGGCACGAAAAACUUGAGGGUUGGUUUUAGACGAGAUCGAGACAAAGAAAGUGGUCCGGAAAAGGCUGUCGACGAUGAUCGAGAUUUUUACUGGAUUCGAUCUACGGAGGUGAAAAUCCCCCAAGGUUGGAAAGCUAGCAACGGUCUAAACCUCGCAAGCGAGUACGAUUACGCGGUAAUUCGGCUAAAAAGAAAACACGACAAUGAUUUCAUGGAUAUCGGAGUAGGUAGCAGGGAUGUCAUCUAUCCGGGUCGCCGCGUUCAUUUCUCUGCUUACGACGACGACAACUCCACGGAUUUGAUGUAUCGCUUUUGCCCAAUCAGCGAAGAUAAUUCAGAUUUGAUAUAUCACUACUGCGAUUCCAAGGCAAGCGGAGUCGGUGCAGGGAUGUACAUCCGUGUGUGGGACAGCCUGACGCGUGAGUGGAAACGUAAAGUAGUCGGUGUAUUCAACGGCCAUAUGUGGGUAGAAAGCCGAGGAUCUUCCGACGACUUCAACGUUGCUGUGCUUAUUACGCCACUGAAAUACGCACAGUUGUGUUUCUGGUUAGAAGGGGAUUACAGUAGCUGCAAUGGACGAAACUAACACUUCUGAUUGUAUGCUAUAUUUUAUGGUGCUAUACACUGGUCGCCCGCUUGUCGGGUGUGUGUACCUCGUCAUACAAAGACAUAUAUUUGAAUACUGACUUUGAUGUCCAGUAACAACUGUGCUACUAGUAUUUCACAGUACUCCAAGUUGCAUGCUAUACACUUUACUAUUUUCCUGGCCAAUGUUAUAAGAAUCAAAGCGCCCGGGAAUACAUGUCACACACGCGACGCAGAAGUAUUGGUAAUUUCACUUACAAUGAGCUUCAACUUUUCACAUUGUUGUUAACUCAUUUGAUAUUAACGUUGUUUGUUUCAAGUCAACCGCAAGGUCAAAGUUGAGACAAUACAUCGUAUACGACUAGUAGUUGACUUCAUAUAUCUAUGUUCGUUGUCAAUAGAAACGCAUAUACUAGGUAAUUGCAUCUGACUGUUUAUUUUUCGAAAAUUUAAUUGUAACUUUUACAAUUAGACACUCACAGCCCCGAUGCUUGGCACUCCUCUGUUUGAGAUCACCUCACAGUAAGCAAAAUAACACAAUAUAAUCAUUUGUGCGCAUGUCUAUCAGCAAAUAUAUUUUACUAUUCUUGAAUGUACUUUAAAUUUUGAAUUCAUGAAAUAUCUCGAGGCAUUAAAGUCACAUUUUAACCAA